AUGAAGUUCACAGCAGCAGAGCAAUCUUCGCGGUCAACCCAGCAAAACCAAGACCUUACAGUAACAAGCGAAUCAAGUGAGUUCCACAGCCUUCUUAGUAGUCUGGCAGAUCCCUGCUGCGGUACCUUCCUGGAGUCGGAGCCUGCUUUCCAAGAUGGCUUUGUCGACGUAUUGACCGAAAACGCGACAUUACUGAGCGAAACCACAGCUCUCAAAGACAAGAUCCAAGAAUUAGAGGAAACACUGGAGAACAUGCAAGCUCGUGUAGAUGAACUGUGCAAGGAAAGGCAGGUUUCUACCAUCCAGAACAACCCAGCGCGCAAGAAACGGGCAAUGCCACAAUGA